GUAUGUCGGUGACGGAGGCAAAGUUUAUGCAGCCCACGCAUGCAGUCGAUCCAAUUUUUCUCAUUCACCAAACGUUUGCCUUUGCUUGGCAUUUCUCUGUAUUGGUACUCGCCUUUUGGUAAAUCCUCAUCAUAUGUCGCAAUGAAUAACCGAUAAGAGCUCGAAUUGUCAAUAUCUUUAUUGUUGUUGUCACCAUUUCUUACUGUUAAGGUUGUUCGUCUUUUGGCUGCUAUUCUAGCGGCGUGCCAUGUUGCCAUCAGCAAUCGGCACCAGCGAACGAAUUGGAUUGCAUUUAUUGUGGUUACAGCCGACGCAAUGGAUGUUGGGGUUGUUGUUAUAGUUAUUCUUGGAAAGUCAGGUGAGGGGUGGCUGAAACAUGUGGAGGAGAACGAAAUCACUGAAUAGCGAGCAAAUAGCAACAGCAGAAACGGCGGCAGGGAGAAAGGGCCUUUUAUUCAAGGGAGACAAGAAGUUUCCUUUCUGCGUUUGGUUUUUUGCCUUUUCUGCUUUUACGGCGGCGGCGGCAGCAGCUCACCCUUGCUGCUUGCCUCGUAUUACACACCCGCCACUCGCCCAUUAGUUGGCUCGAUGCGUGGUCAGAUAGAGUAGCCAUUGACACGCAAGCUAUUCAACAAUUGACAUUCGCUUGACAGUGCAAGCACUGAAAGCCAUCUGAGUGAAGUGUUUGCCGUCAUUGACGGCAACACGCCUGAACCGGCAACAAUCCUCCUGACAACAAAGGAACGGUCAAUCGGCAGACCUGCGAAGCAGUUUUCGGUGGCAUUGACGUGCUUACCACCAUCUUCAGAGCUACAUAUAUGCUAGCCUCACCUUAUUCGUUGUGCUGUUACAGGUGUAGUGGUGACGUUGUGGGACAAGUCGCUACAGCUUAGAGAGUACAGAAGUGUUCCGAAAAUGUUAAUAUAAUAGUGGCGUAGCAAAUGCCCCGGGCAUCUCUGCUUUUGCUAUGACGAAGAAAAAGAAGUGCAAGAACUAAGAAGCACACCUUGAGCGAGGAUUGUAGGAACAAGAACUCACUAGUCCUUCAUUUCAUGUUUUUCGCUUGAGUUAUUCACUCGUUGUCGCCGUUAGCAUCGCCAUCGUUGUUUCAAGCAUUAGGUGGAGGAUAUAUAUCAUACAUCUCAUAUACACUUGGCCAUUCUGCCUCCACUUGGCAGAAACGUUCGGACCAGUGAAAGUCAAUAGUCGUCAUACUUUUUUUUUUUUUUCGAGACGGUUGGAUCGGCAGUUGUCCCUAUGAGUUGACAUCAACCAGGACGUUAAUACACUGUAGAGGGAGAGGCUACGCGACAUUUGCGACGCGGUACUGAUUGGCACUACCAGUGCUAGUGGUACUGCCAAGAUCUAUUAUUAGUUGACUAACUAGCCGAUAGUGUUUAUGCUUUGUUUGCUGUACCCAUUUUCUGGACCGUUUUCAACGUACAUGUGCGUGUGCGUGUGCGUGUAUGUAUUUGGCCUAGGCUCGCCUCGUUCGUAGCUAAUCAGUGCCCCUGUAGCCACUUACACAAAAGAAUACAUUUUAUUAUACGUAUGAUACGACGUUCAGUGAGGAGUACUGAAUCAUCCGAGCUGUUGUCCACGUCCUGUCUGCUCCUCUAAUUGUACCAGUGUUCUCUGAGUGCUCCCUGAAUAUUUUCACGGCCAUUGUUUUUCGCUUCCGUUUGCGAGGACCUCUAAAAAUAAGUUUCUACUUGUUUCCAAGAAGAAAAAAAAAAGAGGCGACAACGGUUCCCUUAUGAAAAGAGUACUGAUGAAGCUAUAAUACGAUUGGUACUAUAAUAAUAAAGGCAAUACAGUGCUGACCAUAAUAAACAACAGCGUACGCGAAUGUUACUGCUGCAUCUGCUUUCGGUUUGUCUCUUUCAGUUGCUGCUAUAGCUUUGUACACGACUAUAGUACGGGCGUAAGUCGUAUUAUCUGUGUUUUGUGUGUGGGUACCAUUCUGGAUAGUAGCAACAGCGACAACAAAGGAGCCUAUUUGUCAGUCGAGCUGUCCCAACAGGCACAGGCAACUAACGUUUGAAUUGUGCGACGGGUGCCAUCUGAGCGUGGUUAGGACGCUGCUAUCCAAGUGUUCGAUUAUUACCAAGUUCGAUUUAUAGUCACACAUUCAAGGACAUAGAUAGAAAAAAACGACAGAUCAUCUGCCUUAUACAGGAUCAAGCAUGUUUAUGGAAGAUUAUAAAUUUCUGUUCAAAGUUGUCCUCAUCGGCAAUGCAGGUGUUGGGAAAACUUGUCUGGUUCGACGCUUCACACAGGGAAUGUUCCCUCCUGGUCAGGGCGCAACGAUCGGUGUGGAUUUCCUGAUUAAAACUGUCGAAGUCGACGGCGACAAAGUCAAGCUACAAAUCUGGGACACGGCAGGCCAGGAGCGGUUUAGAUCAAUCACUCAAAGCUAUUACCGAAGCGCGCACGCUCUUGUCCUUGUCUACGACAUCUCGUCACAGCCGUCCUUCGACUGUCUUCCUGAUUGGCUUAGAGAAAUCGAGCAAUACGCCAGCCCGAAAGUACUCCGUGCUGUUGUCGGCAAUAAGAUUGAUCGUGAUGACCGAGAGAUUCCAACGCAUAUUGGCGAAGAGUUUGCACGCAGAAACGAUAUGUACUUUAUUGAGACUUCUGCAAAAGAAGCCGACAACGUGGAGAAGCUCUUCACUGAAAUUGCGCACAGACUUACGCAGGAGGCCCGCGCAUCCAGGUAUUCAACGUCCGGCCCAGCGGCGCCCGAGCUCAGCCAGUAUCCGAGCAAGAGCGAUAACGCCUGUUGCAAAAUAAUGCAGUAAUUUUGUUUGUUAUUGCUACUUAUUACUAAUGCUGCUAUUAUUAAUAUUAUUAUUAUGACAAUGGAUGCGGUGAAGAUACACAUUUGCUUGGUUGAUUGGUGCGAUGGAAUAAUUGCCUAAAACAGUAAAUGGUGACGGCAGUGAUGAUCAUCGCGGCAGUGCUUUAUGGUGAUUCAGUACUGCGCAGCCGUUGAAUCGCUAUAUAAGACUGACGGCAAAUACUGGGUAAUCCCAAACCGUGUUGAGUGUCUGUCUGCAUAGAUACUGUCUUUUUAAAUACUGACGAUCUGCGCCUCAGAAAAGUUUUCUCGUGGCGUAAGGAAAAAAUAAAGAAGUUAGAGAGAUAGAGAGAGAGAGAGAGAACGAGAGCGAGCGAGCGAGAGAGAGAGAGAGAGAGAGAGAGAGAGAGAGAGAGAGAGAGAUAAACACGUGAUAGACGAAAUGCCUCGUCUGGGGAGGGCCAAAUCUCGCUUUGUCUGCGCACGACUGCGCCGAUGUCAAUGCCGAUUAUUACAGAUGAUGGAGGAUAGCCCCGUUAGCUCGACAUUCCUAGCUGGCUCAGUUUUUUCCAUUAAGCCCUCUUCAUUAAAAUUCUCUUGUGUAAAGGCCUCUUGAGGGUGCUCCCAUUAUAAACUUUUUCGAACGCUAUAAUGUUGUGUGGAAUAAUAAGUACAGUCUUACAUCCGCACUCUGAUACAUCUGCCGAAACCAAUUAGUUUGCUUAUAACGAGAGGGAAUUCGCCGAGAGGUGACGGCACCUUGCCGUGCUCCUUACUAUUUGUAAACGGAUUAAACCUGGUCGCCACCGCCGCAUAUAAAUGUUUCAGUGAAAUUCGCUGAAAACACAAGCAGGACGCUGUCAAAUUCGUCAGGACAUCACGAUACAGAAAGGAUUGCGACAGCUAUCGCUAAAGACGAUGAAACCGAUUGGGAUUUCUUCCAUAAUAAAUCUGAGAAGCUGACCCUCAAUCGAUCAAUGGGACUUGUGUUAUUUAUUGUGCAGAAUCUGCUGCCAUAAAUCUCGGAUUCAGUUUGAUGUUGUAUUUAAUUAACCUAUUUAACACCGGAUUACCAAGUUGUUCGGACAGCAAGUAUUAAUUUGACGCAUAAUGUUUUGCCGCUUUUGCUUAGUAUUUCCCUUAUUUAUUUUUUUACUCUACCGAUGGUUAAGUCUUUUGUGCAGCUUGAACGCAUUUUUUUGUUCUACAAGUUGUUUAAAGUGGACUUUUUUUUUAAGAAUAUAACAACCAAAUGUAAAAUGAAACAAUGAUAUGAUAGAGAAAUUAUAGGUUAUAAACCAACUACCAAAAAAAAUCUGACGAUCAGUAAAUCAAGAAAAGGAAGGCCAUCUACAUAAACGGCAACAACUUAUGCGUCUGUCUCACAGAAAUAAGAACAACCAUUGCGAAGUAUUGAAAUAUUAAGAUGAUACUCUUCAAGGAAGAACGACUGUGAAGCAGACAAGCUGAUGUUGAGAUUGUGACUGAACGAAUCAUGGAGGAUUGAAUGGAUUCCUAUCGACGAUACUAGUUUAAAAAAAAAGGGCACUUUUUUAAUUCCUGACUGCCGAUUUUCCCACCUAAAUGUCUCAUCUGUGUAUCCUACCGAGAAUCUGCAACAUGACAAAACACAGUGAUACAAACGUAUUAGAAAAAUGUAUAUGCCUAACGUGAAAGAAAUCUUGAAAACUUUCUAUGAACGAAGUUCGAUGAAGUGAGCUUCACUUUUGUAGACCAUGAUAUAUAUGUAAGGACGAAAAUAUGAACUUGAUUCAGAUUCUUUCGGAUAAAGGAAGAUUUGAUUACUUAAACAGCGGAAACGAAAAGAGGUAUGAUAGUUUACUAUUGUUUCUCUUACUACUUCAUAUUGGUCUAUCCGUUACUUAGGUUAGGGACAAUAACUGAAUGGUUGUUUUCCUGCUCGUUUACAUUUACCAACGGUGACAUACAUACACAAAUAUGUACGUUUCGCUUUGGCUUUUAUAGCCUCCAGUAUGAUAGCAUUGAUCCGCGUGGGAAAGGGAUAUUGUCGACUUUCGUGACUAAGUAUUGAUGGCAGUAGAGGUUGCCAUUACCGCUUGAUCGCUUAUCUUCAAAUCAUGUGGUUCUCCGCACAAUUGAGUUUUUCUUCUAUAAAACGCUCUCUUUGUCAUCGUUUAAUUAACAAGUUCUUCUAUGGUGGUAUUAUUUUACUUUAUUCUAUACAGUGUAUCACUGUUAUGUACAUCACUGGCGUAACGCAGAAGCAAAUUAUGUGAAAUGUGCUAUUCGUUUUUUGUCGAUCCGUUUAUCUUACGUCGGCUUCUCAGAUUUUUUAGUACAGUGAAGAUGGAACUCCGUGUUGAGAAGAAUACAAGAUCAAGGACUUCAUCAUGCUCACGAAUCGCUGCAACGAAAGCCUAGACGUUCUCCGUAUCGUUUCAUUAUUUCUACUGUAUUAUUUAUCAUUUGUCAAACAUGCUUUUGUCAAAUAUGCGUUCGUAUUCUACUUCCACAUGUUCUAGCAUGCGCCGUUAAUGACGUUGUCCCAUUUGUUCAGCUGUCGAGAGUACGUAGGGAAAUACUUAACUGUAGUAAGUCGAUGAUGAGCUACAAUUGGAGAAGUGAAUCAAAUAGAGACAAAUGACAAACGAGGAAACGACCUGAGGACUAUCUGACUCUCCAGAGAAACGAAACCCUUUAUGAUACGAAAAUGUUGUGUAUAUCUUCUUCGAAUAACAGGAUUACCAUAAUGAAUAUUCUUCGUGGUGAAGGUGUAACGAAUGGGCAGUAUUGUCAGAGGAGUGCCGGAUCAUUGUUGCUUCGAGAAAUCAAGUAGUCAAUAAAUGUGGAAAGUAGAAAAUAUUGAUUCAACUGAACAAACAAGGAAACAGACGGUUUU